ACGAGAUAAAAGAAAAAAGAAGUGAAGAAAAAAAAAAAGAAAUACAAAUAUCACAGUAACCAACGCAACAAAAACAAAAACAAAACGUUAAAUCUCCCCAUAAGACAAUCAAACAAACAGAAACCCACCGCAAGCAACAUCAAGCAAAAUAAAAGAGACCCAUAAAACCCACACCAAACCCUCACAAAUCGUUAUUUUUAUUACGAAAAUUCCUUCCUCUCUCCCUCCGCUCCUCCCGCCAUUUUCCGCCAUCAUGUACAGCAUGGACGGCUUCGACAUGGAGGCUCUCAACAGACAGUUCUUCGAGUCUGCGGCCUUUAGCGAAUUCCAGGCGGGGGUGGUCUUCGAGCCCGGAAGCGGGGGGUCGUCGCCAGCACACCUCGACCAGGAGAACACGUACCUGAUGUUCGAGCCCGACAGCGGCGGCUCCUCGCCCUCCCACAACGAUCAAGAAAACACGGUGCUCCGGCGGAAGAAGAAGCGCCGCUGCCUGAUGGCGCAGAUGCAGCAGCGUCAGGCGGCCAACAUGCGGGAGAGGAAGCGCAUGCAGAGUAUCAACGACGCUUUCGAGGGGCUACGAGCGCACAUCCCGACCUUGCCCUAUGAGAAGAGAUUGUCGAAGGUCGACACCCUCCGCCUGGCCAUUGGCUACAUCAGCUUCCUGGCCGAGCUGGUGGCGAGCGACCGAGCACCGGACCCGCACUUGCAUCCUCCAAAUCACAAUGACUCGAACAGGAAAGUGAUCGUCAGAAGUUCCAGAAUGAGCGUGGACAGUGUGCCUCACUCCCUUACCUGGUCACACGUGAGGCCCCAUGUGGUCAACGGCAAGGUCACUGCCAAGACGUGGAUGCCUGAACAGCAGAAGCAGCAGUGAGAAGUUGGUCCAAACAGCAGAAUCAGCAGAAAGAGGAUGGCCGAACAGCAGGGAGAGGAUGGUCGAACAGCAGUGAUAGAUGGCCGAACAGCAGGGAGAGGAUGG